UUUUUUUGAGUUGUUGUGGUCUGCACUGCUAAGCUACUCUGCUCUGUUGACCUACUAUGCUCUCUGGCAGAAGCUCAGAAGAAUAGAACUUAAAUCGUCUAUACAAACAUACGGCGUAAUGGCGUAUAGUUUAAUGAAGAAGUAUUUUGGACCAAAUAGUCAAACACACCCAUAACUCCAUAAGGCAUAAGUCUCCCUCCACUUGGUAAGAAGAGAAAUUCAAAAAUGAAGCAUACGCUCAAACAUGUACUAUAUGUCUAUAUGCAAUUUUAGUACACACUAUAAUGGCCCCUCUUCUCGAAACCAACACUCCACAACAAACACCACCUAAAAACAACAUCGAUACCAACAACAAUCUCCACACUUUAAACACCUUUCAAUUCAAAUCCUAAUAAAGUAAUAAUGCUUCCCUUUCGUCUAAUUCUUUGGCCUCUUCUCCUUCUUCACUCCUCUGCAACUCCUUCUUCCUCUGCUACUGCAACACCUUGUUGCUUUCUCCUCUUUCCACCAUUUUCAAUCCCCAAAAACCUCCAUUUUCAGCCAUGAAAACACCCACAUUUUUCACCCUUUUUCUCCUCGUAAACCUCUCUUUUUCUCUCUCCUCUUCCCUCAACUCCGACGGUCUCUCCCUCCUCGCACUCAAAUCCGCCAUUACUUCCGACCCAACUCGCUCUCUCUCCUCCUGGUCCGAAUCCGACCCGGACCCAUGUAACUGGGUCGGAGUCCGCUGCAAUGGCGACCGAGUUACUGACGUCACUCUCUCUAACAAAUCGUUAACUGGGUAUCUCCCUUCUGAACUCGGCGCUAUUCUCUCUCUUCGUCGUCUUUCUCUCUCCUACAACAACUUCUCCAGUACUAUCCCACCUCGUCUCUUCAAUGCUACUUCUCUCACUUCCCUUGACCUCUCUCAUAACUCACUCUCCGGCCCGAUUCCGGCCCAAAUCGAGUCUCUUACGGGCCUCCGGUUCUUGGACCUUUCAUCGAAUUUCCUAAACGGGUCGCUUCCGAGUGGGCUCAGUGAGUUGACGUUACUCGAAGGGACGCUGAAUUUGUCGUAUAAUCAGUUUUCCGGCGAAGUUCCGGCGAGUUUUGGAAUGUUUCCGGUGAUGGUUAGCUUGGAUCUCCGGCAUAACAAUCUCACCGGAAAGAUUCCUCAGGUGGGGUCGUUGCUUAAUCAGGGGCCUACUGCAUUCGCCGGAAACCCUAAUUUAUGCGGGUUUCCGUUGAGUUCGCCGUGCCCUGAAGCGCAAAACCCUAAUGUGAUCGGAAACCCGGAAAAUCCGGAUGACCCGAAGAGCCCUAAUUUGGGUAAUGGGGAGAAUUCAGAAAGUGGGGGGAAGAAGACGAUUUCAAUUUCGUUGAUUUUAGGGGUUUUUGCGGUUUUGAUUGCUGGGGGUAUUUUGGUCUUUUUGUUCAUUGUGAGGAAGAAUUUGAGGGCGAAGGAGGGUAAAAUGGGGAAUUCUAGUGAGGAGAAGAUGGGGAAAGGGGAGAUGGUGAGUCACGUGAGGGUGGUUGUGGGGGAGUCGGAUGAUGAUGAAGGGAAAAAUGGUAAAUUCGUGGUGGUGGAUGAAGAGGGUUUUGGGUUGGAAUUAGAGGAUUUGUUGAGGGCAUCAGCUUAUGUAGUGGGGAAGAGUAGGAGUGGGAUAGUGUACAAAGUGGUGGUUGGCGGUGGUAAAGGAUCGGGUGUGGUGCCCCCUACGGUUGUUGCCGUCAGGAGGUUAAGCGAGGCCGAUGAUGUCACGUGGCGGCUUCGUGAUUUUGAGACCGAGGUGGAGGCAAUUAGUAGAGUCCAACAUCCAAAUAUAGUAAGGUUCAGGGCAUAUUAUUAUGCACAAGAUGAGAAGCUGUUGGUGUCUGAUUACAUUCGGAAUGGCAGCUUGUACACUGCAUUGCAUGGUGGAUCCUCCAAUGAUUUGUCACCUUUAUCAUGGGCUUCAAGACUGAAAAUCGCACAAGGCACUGCAAGGGGUUUGAUGCAUAUUCAUGAGUGCAGUCCGAGAAAAUACGUUCAUGGAAACAUUAAAUCAUCCAAAAUCCUACUUGACGAGGACCUUAAUCCGUACGUCUCUGGGUUUGGUAUCAAUCGUCUCCAAUGUGGGCGCUCAAAAUCAGCAAACCCUUCAUUAAAAAGGCCCAGUUUAAGCCAGUCUUUCUUAACAGGCUCCAAGGUCUUGGGUCCAUCUGUGGUUGCCUAUUCAGCCCCAGAGGUCCAAACUAAUGGUGGCAAGCUCACCCAAAAAUCUGAUGUUUACUCAUUUGGGAUUGUACUGAUGGAGAUAUUAACUGGUCAGCUACCAAGUGCAGGACCUGACAACGAUGAAAAGGGCUUAGAAAGCCUUGUGAGGAAGAUUUUUAGGGAAGAGAGACCUUUAUCAGAGAUCAUAGAUCCAGCUCUGCUGCAUGAAGUUCAUGCCAAGAAGCAGGUAUUGGCCACAUUUCAUAUGGCUCUAAACUGCACAGAGCUGGACCCUGAGCUGAGGCCGAGGAUGAGAACUGUUUCUGAGAGCCUUGAUCGUCUCAAGUUUCAAUGAGAAGUAAGAUGUUAAAUAGUGUAAAUGAUUGUUAGAAGCAUUAGGUUAACUCAAUUGAUGUAGAGUAUCUUUGCCUAUCUUCACUUCUUAGUAGUGAUAUUUUGUAGUAAGAUGCCUUGUGUUGGUGUCAAAACUGGGAAGCGGGAAGAGUGUAGAAUUUAGAAAGAAUGAUAUCGUUACAUAUGCUGCCUGAAUUUUUUUUUUGCUUUGCUCGGAGGUUCAGGGGGUGCAUGGGAAUUGGGAACCAACAGAAGUGACUUGACUAUUUAGUGUGACCUAUCUAGUUGAUUGAAUGACAUUUGGUGCUAACACGACUAAUGUUUGAAUCGAUAUUUAAACUUUAUUGGCUUCAAUUUCAGUAGAAUAUGGUCUAGUGAUUGUACAAACAAUAGCUAAUUGUGUUCUAGUUUUUCUAAUUUUAUUUGGGAAAUUCUCUUUGGUAACCACAAACUUUUAUCUUUUCUCAGUGAUAAAGUCAGAAACUUUUAAUUAUCAAUGGUAAUCACGAAUUAAUAUUAUUAAGCAAAUGGUAACUUAAGUUAAAUAUUUAUUAAUUCUUUAACCAUGGUUUAGCUACAAGAUUGCAAAAAGACACAACUAUCCCCAAAAACAACCACAUCUCCCUUCCCCUGAUUUUCUUCCUUUCUUCUUCCAACAUCAAUCAACAGAAGACCGACC